CUAGAAUAAUUGAAAGGGGAAUAGAGUAGGUGGGUGCAGUGGCCUGUGAUUGAAAGGACCAUGGUGUGGGUGGGAGACAGAGACCUUCAGGCUGUAGGGAAGCUGCAAUUACAAUAGAUAGAGAGAGGGCUGCACCGUGGGUUGGCUGGGGGAAGGAAAGCCCAAGCACUAGCACUGGCUCCCAGCCCGAAGAAGAAAGUGCUGGGAAAACAGAUGCUGGUUCCUGCUUUGGGAGGAGAACUACCCUGACAGCAAAAGAGGAGGCCUGAAAUCCCAGUGAAAACAAGGACCCCAUAUCUGUCAGUACCUGCUUCCCUUGGCCUUGACACAAACGUGUGGCACAAGGAGAUGAUCGAGGAGUAGCAACACCAAGCCGGCGUGGAAUAUGUCUAACACCACAGUAAUUGCACAGCAUUUUCAUCCUCUCUAAGCAAAAGGCCAUCCUCUUUCCCCAAUAUACAUUCCUUAUCAUAAACACACGAAUGCCCUUCCUUGGUUUGCCUUCCUACAUCCUCUGGCCCGACGUUGUUGCUGUAUUAAAUCUCCCAGCAUCCUCUGCCUCUGGCUGAAGAACCUGGAUGGAAGUUGGACAUGGUGACCCUAAUGCUGCCAGAAAUUAAACUGAGAGCCACGGGCCGCACAGCAGCACUUAUACUGAUUUUCGCUUUGGUCACCUUUCUCAUCAUACUGACUUCCAACAACAGCGAGGAACCAUUCAACUACAGGGAGCUGAAGCUCAAACACACCAACCCACCCAAUAUCAGGAAAUGGCUUCUGCAAGACGGUUACAUCUCAGUUUCUGGCAACAAGACACUCCACUCCAAGUGCAACAGCUGCGUCAUCGUCACCAGUUCCAGCCACCUUCUCAACACUGACCUGGGCCAAAAGAUCAACCAGGCAGAAUGUAUUAUUCGCAUGAAUGAUGCCCCCACCACCGGUUACGAGAAGGAUGUGGGGAACAAGACUACAUUCCGUGUGGUGGCCCAUUCCAGUGUAUACAGGGUUCUUCGAAGGCCGCAAGAGUUCUUAAGUCGUUUUCCAGGGCAGUCUCUUUUCUUUUGGGGCCCUCCUAACAAGAUGCAGCAGGGUAACAAGGCAAAUCUGUAUCACAUCAUCCAACGUGCCAGCUCGGCGUUCCCCAAUGUAUCUGCCUUUGUUGUGUCCCCAAGGAACAUGGGGAGAUUUGAUGAGCUGUUCCGGGCAGAGACAGGGAGAGACAGAGAGAAGUCGCACUCCUGGCUGAGUACAGGCUGGUUUACCAUGGUGAUAGCAGUGGAGCUGUGCAACAAUGUGCACGUGUAUGGGAUGGUUCCCCCAAACUACUGCAGUAAACGCCAGAGGAAGAUGCCGUAUCAUUAUUACGAACCAAAAAGUCCAGAUGAGUGCAUCACGUACAUUCAGAACGAGCGAGGACGUCGAGGAAAUCACCACCGGUUUAUCACAGAGAAAUUAGUUUUUGCCCGCUGGGCACCUGUAUACAACAUCACUUUCUCCCACCCUGAAUGGUUUGAUGAUGCAGAGACUGAAUAUAUUUAACUGGGUCCCAGUGGGUUAUUUUACCCCCUGUCUCUUCUACUCACACCUUCACUGGUUUUUCUCUGUGUUGUUUGGUGUUGGGUGCUGUCCAGAUAUACAAGAAGCUGGCAGAGUGGAUAACAUGAGACACAAUGAAAGAGCCAUGGCAUCAUCCAAUUGUGGGUUGCUUAUAGUUUCUCACUGAGUUAUCCUGGGAAGAAACCAGCUGUCAUAAAUAUACCAGCAAUAGCUCAAGGGUCCCAGAACUCUGCUGGAAAAAUCUUUGGCCCAAAAGAUAGGAGGAAAGUUUGUUUAGGGUGACUGGACCUGGAACGGUCACCAUGUUACAAAAUGUUAUAUAUUUCUUUUGUGUUACCACCUUAAAUAUGUAUGAUUUGGCCCUAUAAUGAGGGAGUGCAACCAUGCUGUAGGCAGUGAUAUACACAUAAGGUUGCCACCUUUUCUGGAACAAAAUACCGGCCUUCCUAUAUAUUUAACUUUUUUUCCCUAUUAAUAAUAUUGGGAUCAGCCAUCAUUUUUACCGGCCAGGCCGGUAAAAUAACGGCUAGGUGGCAACCCUAUAUACACAUAGGGCAUCAAGAUCUCAAGAUCACCGCCAACACUACUAAUCUACUGAAGGAACACAACUGCUUUAAUCUACCGUACGUCCCAAAAUAGUGUACAAGAUGGUUCUAUCCUAUAUUGGACAUAGAAAAAUAAGCACAGGCUGUCUUUCAGAAAGCAGCUGCCCAAUGGUGUUUGACAGUGAAUAUUCCUAUGGAACUACAAUAGGUUGGGAUAAGUAAAGAUGGAUCAUGUACGAGAGUUGAGCAGUAUGAAUAAAGCUUUAAGAUUCUGGGAAACGUGAAUGUCAAAGGAAAACUAGUCCUGAGAGAAUAAAAUUGAUAUAAGAGGCAAAACAAGAGGAAUGGGUUUGUGUUUUGGAUAUUUGUAAUGUUUCAUGAAGUUGCCUCUGGUGUUGUCCACUGACUUGUUCUUCCCUUUCCCCCACUGAAGUCUUGUAUUGUGUACAAGGAACCCGUACUGUGCAUUACUUUUAAUAUAUCUGAUUUAUAUUUUACAUUGUUAUUAUACAAACAAGACACCCCCAGCCAAAAGCUAAGCAUAAUUACUGUACCAAAUGGCUUAUCAUCCAGUGUAUCAAGGAUACUGCAAAAUCUAUUUUUCUUACCCUUUUAACCUGGUAAUGUAAAAACAAAAAAAGGUUGUCCAAGCGAUCUAGAGGAGGCUACCCCGAAUGCUUUGUGUGUAUGCAUGGUAUCUGAAACCGUAGGUAGUUCCAUUGAUAAUGAACGGAAAUGAUGUUUGCACAUUUCAUAUUUAGGAGCUUGAGUAUUAAUUCAGGGAAUGUCAGGGAAAUGCUUUACUUAAGUAAACAAAAUGCUCUUUUACUUAGAAACUGCAAAGUGAAGAUCCCCAAACAAUGAAAGGGUUACUGCAAAUCAACACCACGCAACGUUUGUACAAACAUGGAACCAACUACGCCCAAAUAGAGAGAAAAUUAUUUUUCUUGCUGUGGAUUUUUGGGAGGACCCAUGAAAUGUUAGAUUUGAAAAAAAAAUAAAUCUAAUUUUAAUACA